CUACGGAGCAAGGAGACGAGGCGGCUCGAUGGUGCCGCUGAUCAUCCCGCUAAUAAAGGCAUGGUCGGUCCAGAAACAGCCGAGGACUUCCAGCCCUGAGGGCACUGCACAGAACGCAUGCCGAAAGGGAUGUUCUGUCUCUCGGUGUGGGCGUUUAUUUGUCACUUACGCCGCUGUGAUGGGGUCUGGUUGCUUCUCCGCUGUUGCAUGAGGUACUGGAGACGGCCAAGGCCUUCUUCACCCUCUCGGACGCCAGGUGUCUGUGCAACGGCAGAUACAUCAGCCACACGAUGAGGACAGAAUAUGAUCCCCUGUCUCGUCCCUUGUGUACCUUAAAGGGGGAGAAGUUCUCGGUGCCAAUCUUAUAUUCCUGAAUCCGCGCAUCCGGCAGGCGGAAAGUGAAGAGGUCAUAUGUCGUUACUGAGCGCCGUCUGUCCUCCUUACAAUGACGUUGCUUGGCGUGCAU